ACGUGACGUCAGCACGUUUUGUUGCUGUACCGUCUCCCCGGGAGUCAGAAUAAACGUGUUCACGUCUGAAGCUUUAGUGUAAAUUACAGUGUGCAGCUUCUCCACUCACUUCAGUUUGGAGUUUACACAUCUUCGUCGACGCCAUGAGCACGUUAUGGAUGGGAAAUCUGGAGACCUACAUGGACGAGAAGUUCAUCAUCAGAGCGUUCUCCACCAUGGGCGAGCAGGUGGUCAAUGUGCGGAUCCUCCGAAACAAGAUGACAGGUGUAUCAUCACAUAGUGGCGCCCUGGGUUACUGCUUUGUGGAGAUGACAGACGAGGCCACUGCUGAGAGGUGUCUGCGCAAGAUCAAUGGAAAGUCUCUGCCAGGUGCCAAUCCGCCCACAAGAUUCAAGUUAAACCGAGCCAACUUUGGGAAACAAGACACUACUCAGCUUUAUUCUCUGUUUGUGGGAGAUCUAACUCCUGAGGUGGACGAUGGGAUGCUUUACGAGUUCUUUUACAACCGCUACCCGACCUGUCGAGGCGGAAAAGUGGUGCUGGACACUUUAGGCAACUCCAAGGGCUGUGGUUUUGUUCAGUUCCCAGAUGAGCGGCUGCAGAAGCGUGCGUUAGAUGAAUGUCAGGGAGCCAUGGGACUGGGCAGCAAACCUCUCAGACUCAGCCUGGCUGCUAACAAUUUAAGGAACCGACAGCAGCAGCAGCAACAACAGCAACAGUCGGACAAAUCUUGGCAGUCGAGCUCAAGUUACACUCAGAACUAUGACCAGUAUAGCCAGUACCAGCAGCAGGCGUAUUCUGGUUAUUACUCGUCCUGGGGUUACGACCCCAAUGCAGCAGCGUACGGCUACAACUAUCAGCAGUAUGAUUACAGCCAGUAUCCUCCACCACAGGAAACUGAAGCUGUUGAGGAUGAUGGACUCGAAGAACCCAGUCCAGACGUGGACGUCGGCGAGGCCAACAGGAAGUUCAUGGAGAACAGCGAGGAGCUGUAUGAUGCGCUGAUCGACUGUCAGUGGCAGUCGACGGACUUCUCGACACAACAGGAGCACCUGAUAUCCAGCCUUCCAGAGCCGCUCUGCUGCUGAGACUGAACUGUGUCCUCUCCCUGAGGGAUUUUUAUUUUCUUUUUUCUUCUGACAUGUAUUUUUUAUUAAGGACUCAAAGUCUUACGUCAUAUGAAUAUGUAUAAAGCAGGAGUGUACACACAUGUCUGAGUUCAGAUUUAUUUAUGGAUCAACCAAAACACACUGAAUUUAACACAUGUUAAAGAGAUGGUUCAGAUUUUUUUUUUUUUUAGUGUGGAUGUGCAAGGAUUGCUGCCAUUGUUGGUAACCAACCAGAGGCACUAAUGCUUGUACUGGCAUUUCAGCAGAAAUACAAAUAGAAACAGAUUUAGCCACUGAGAAAAACCGGUUCAUCUAAUAAAAUCUUCCCCUGCUCAAGUCUA